GCGACUACCGCCGACUCACCACCGUCGCCGCCACGACAUGCACACGCACGCCGUACACGCUCGGCGCAACCACCGUCGGCCGAAAGUCUCUCGUCCACGCCGUUCAGUCGCACAACUGUUGCUCGACCGACCGCGCCGCCGUUUGCCUCCCCUAUCCUCCCACCCAUCAGCAUAGUGGCCGCGCACUGUCACUCGUUUCGUUAUUAAUAUCCGCACUCGUUGCCGUAUACCGUGUGCCGUGUGCGGUUAUCGUUCUCCUCUCUCGACGUGACCCUCAGCUCACCCCCGUUUGUGCGAUUUCCCGAUCCGCCGUGUACGACGCGACGAUAAUAAUACUAUAAAUAAUAUAUUCGUGUAGUAUUGUCCUAUCGUCGUCAUCCGUCGGGUUCGAAAAUAGUGUUCAAAAAUCGUUUUCCGUUACACCGUUCGCUAGUGUGCGAUUUUCGCGCGCGUCUCGGUGUCAUGCGGUACACGCGCGCGCGUCCGCAUCUCGUCAUCCGUCCUUGCGCGAUCCCGUGUGUCCGACGAUAAUGCGAUCGACGACUAGCAGGACGACCAGCCGGACGACCACAACGACCACGGCUACGACCAAGAUGAUGACGAUGACGAUACCGGCCGUAGUGGUCGGGCACGCGAUUCGGAUAAUGUCGAAAACCUAUUGAGACCGCCACCGCCACGUUUGAGUAUUUACCCGUCGAUCAGCGCGCAAUACAGUCUGACGUAGUAAUCGCUCGUCAUAGCGAUAUUUACUGCAAUACAGUGUAGGGUGCAUAUUAAAGGUGUGCGGGGAUUGCUCUGCGUGACACGGGAACGCGGUCACACGAUGGCCGUGCGCUGAUGGUCCCACAGUGGCGUCGACGGACACCGGAACCUCGAACGACGCAUUCGUCGGCACUGCCACCUCCUCCUCACCGCUGACGGCAUGACGUGGAACCACGCAACCACCCGCGGAACGUGGUGAAAGCGCAGCGUGGCCGGCCGGCGGCACUCGCGGACGAAGCCAUGCGCACUGCGGCCGCCGCAUGUUGGCGUGGCCGUUUUGCGUCAACAUGAACCGCGCCGAAGAGGUGCAGCUGUUCCGCAAGUCCCGGGAGGUAUCGCUGAGGAGCAACGGCAGUAGCGGCAGCAGCGGCGGCACCACAGGUGGCGUCGGCUCGCCCGGCCGCAACGUCGUCACGUCGGACGAGAUAAAGCAGCGGCAACGGUCGCGCACGAUUGGUGGACUAGGAGCGAGCGAACGAAUCGCAGGCGGCAGUGACGACGGACCAUGUGUCGGGACCUUUUCGCCGGCAGCCAGUGCUUCCGGUCGCUCGGAAGAGGAUGGCAAUGAUGAACAUUACCGACGCAACCAUAUACAGCAGCAGCAGCAGCAGCGGUUCAACGGAAAGCAGGAAGCACCGGACCAGCAGGCCCGGCCGCCGCAUCACCACAGACGGAUGCCGAGGUUCGGUGAGGCGCAUCACCGGCGGGUGCCGACGCCGCUGAAAAAACGCCGAAAGCCACGCGAAGAUUUCGCUGACCCGCCGACGCCCAGCAGCGACGCGGACGAUGCAGCCAUCGUCGAGGUGGUCACCACCGGCGACGCCAAACCGCCCGCGCCACCCGGCGUCCCGGACCCGUAUUAUCCCAUAUACCUGCCCAUCGACCAGGCGUUCAAAGCCAAAUACGUGUUCCACCAGAGAAAAGGCAAGACCUUUCAGGAGAGGGUGUACGUGUUCCUCGAACACCCGUGCGGAUGGAUCUGUUUCAUUUACCACUUCGCUGUGUUCAUGGUCGUAUUGGUAUGCUUGAUUUUCAGCGUGCUAUCAACGAUCGACGAGUAUUCCGGGUUCGCGAACGAAACACUCUUUUGGAUGGAAAUCUGCCUCGUAGUGUUCUUUGGCGUCGAAUACAUGAUACGGUUAUGGUCAGCCGGUUGCAGGUCCAAGUACAUGGGUACGUUCGGCAGAUUCCGAUUCGUCCGGAAACCCAUAUGCAUCAUCGAUCUGAUCGUUGUUGUGGCUUCGAUCGUGGUGCUAUCAAUUGGUUCCAAUGGGCAGGUGUUUGCCACAUCGGCGAUCAGAGGCAUUAGGUUUCUACAAAUAUUGAGAAUGUUGCACGUGGACCGCCAAGGUGGCACAUGGCGGCUUCUCGGCUCAGUUGUAUUUAUUCACAGACAAGAGCUCAUCACUACGUUGUACAUAGGUUUUCUAGGUUUAAUUUUUAGCAGCUAUUUCGUAUAUCUCGCCGAAAAAGAUGCUGUCAGCAAAGACGGCAAAUCGAGAAACGAUUUUUCCAGCUAUGCCGACGCGCUAUGGUGGGGAGUGAUCACUGUUACAACAAUAGGUUACGGUGAUGCGGUACCUCAAACAUGGAUCGGCAAAAUCGUCGCAUCGUGUUUCAGUGUAUUCGCGAUUUCGUUUUUCGCCUUACCAGCUGGCAUAUUAGGUUCGGGAUUUGCUCUGAAAGUACAGCAAAAACAAAGGCAGAAGCAUUUCAAUCGGCAAAUACCUGCAGCUGCUAUGCUGAUACAGUGUCUUUGGAGGUGCUACGCUGCGGAUAAAUGUUUCAAUAGCCAAGCUACGUGGGACAUAUACAUCAAAGAACCAGGACAUCCAAAAGAUAAUUCGUCGCUGAGCAAAGUAUCCCUGAUCAUGCAAGUAGCGAAGCGUGCCAGCGUCUUAAAGCGGAAGAGAUCAAAAAGUAAAAUGGACACAUCUGGAGGGUCCACGACGAACAAUAAUAGGGAUAGCCUGCAAGCUCAAACUUUACCCCCACCACCGAAUCCCAGAAGGGAAAGUGAUGGUGAAGUAGUUUUCUAUAUAGAAGAACCAAAAGCAACUACUCCUAAUCGGGUGAGAAGAGAAGCGAGAGGAUACGUCAGCCAGACAAGUUCUGUAACGGAAGCGGCUAGCGACGAAGUUGACUUAGAAAUGGAACCAGAACGAGUGACCACGUUGACUGAUGUACACAAAAAUGCUAUUCGAGCCAUUAGAAAGAUAAAAUAUUUUGUAGCUAGAAGAAAAUUUCAACAAGCAAGAAAACCAUAUGAUGUACGUGAUGUUAUUGAACAGUAUAGUCAAGGUCAUUUGAACAUGAUGGUUCGAAUAAAGGAAUUGCAAAGGAGGUUAGAUCAAACGCUAGGGAAGCCAGGUAGUUACUUGGCAGGUAUCGACAGAGCAGGCAACGUUAAGCCUAUGACAAUUGGUGCUCGUUUGUAUAGACUAGAACAGCAGCUAUCUAUUAUGGAUAAGAAACUGGACCAGUUGGUAUACCUCUUGAAUGUCCAGACGCACAGGCAACAAUUUCCAGCUUUAGAAGAACAAGUUUAAAAGUUUAAAAAUACCUAUAAAUGUGUCUCCUUUCCAUAGUUUACCCGACCAAUGUUUUUAUUUUACUGAGAAACAAAAUCUUUGUAUACAGUCAUGCAUGAUACAUUUUAACACAUAUCUUUUCGACUUUAAAACGCUUUAUUUAGUAUCUACCCUUUUGAUGACGUGGAUUACAUUAUUGAUUUUCACAACUUAAACAUUUUGAUAGCAAACAUAAUAAUGAUGUUAGAAGACGAUAAAUAUUAAAUAUUAAACAAAUUUUGUUAAGAACCCUUGUCUGAAGUAUUCUUACGAAGGAAUCUAAUUUUAGGCUUAUGCACAAUAAAAUUAAAUUAAAUAAAUUAUUAUAUAAAUAU